AUGUUGAUAGAAAAAGCUACUAAUGCACAAACACACGUACAACUUGUACCAUAUUUAGGUAUAGUUAAUCCUGAACAUAUGAAUCAAAUAAAUUGUAUACCAAUGGCGAAUAUUAAUGAUAAUGAUGAUAAUGAAAAUAAUCAUUUAGAAAAACUAUUCGUUGAAGAUUUCAUUCGAAAAUCAAAAGAUUUUCGAGAAAAUGAACAAAUUAAUUCAUUACCAGUCGAAAUACGUCUUGGUACUGUUUAUACAUAUCAAAAUCGUCGACAACAAAAUCAAUAUCCUGCAAGUCAUAAUUGUCGACGUAUUAGUGCGCAUUCAUUGCGUAAUGAAGAACGGCGACCACGUAAUGACAAACAUUUUUUAAUAACAUUUAAUAAAAAUAAAGGUAUUAAUGAUUUGCAUAUGUUUGAACAUGAAUUAACUUGUGCUGGUUUUCGUCAAACAAAUGAUCAACAAUUAACAUAUCGAUUAUAUUUACGUUAUCAAACACGACGAUUAAUUCUUGAAUUAAAACGUCAUGCAGAUGAUCCAAGAUUUUUUUCUGUUAAACGUUUAUUAAAAUAUUCAACGAAAUACACACAUAUUGAUAUUGUUAAAUCGAAACAUAAUUCAAAUUAUUCGGAAACAUUCGAUGAUAUAUUUGAUAUUCGUACAUCAAUUGGUAAAGCUGAUGAAGAAGAAUUACAUAUAAAUGAUGAUUAUUGUGAUUUUAUUCAUAUUAAAGAUCUUGAUCAAUGUGUAUUUGAAACAAUAUCACAAACUGGUGAAUAUGUUUAUCAAUUUAAUCGACGAUUAUUACCAUAUUUUGAUUUUUUCCAAAUAAAACAAACAAAUAUCUAUGAUUAUUCAUGUAUGGAUAGUCGAUUUUUUGGUUUAAGAGUUUUAAUUGAACAUCAAACUGGUUAUGAUCUAUGUUCAAGUGCAAAAACAACAACACCAUGUUUACAAACAAAUAAUGUUAUUAUGGCUAAAUUACUUUCGUUAGAUUUUACGGAAGAUGAAGCGAAAAGAAUUUGGACAAUAGGUUUAUGGCUCUCAGAUUUAGCAACACGAUGUACUAGCCGAGAUCUACCAGCUAACAAAAUAUUUUGUCGACAACCGGGAUCAAUUACUUCCUAUCGACGCAUAGUCAGAUAA